UAGUAAAUUCUCGGAAAAGUUGAAUCUUUGCAGAAAAACCCAGUAGUAACUCUCGGUCUGCGUCUGCUAUGGUAACAUUUUUGUCAGCCGGAGCCGGCGGUGCUCCUCCGCCGGCAUUAACCAAUUUGAAAUUGUCGAAUUCGAGGCGUUUAACGAUCUGGGCUGGCUGUGAUUUUCCGGAUUUUCUUCCUAAACAAGUCGAGAAAAUCAAAGACCCUAAUGCUAGAAAGUUGGCUUCACGAAUUGAGAGAAUGCCAGUAUACUUUUCGAAGGGUUGUGUCAUGAGUAGUUGUGUGAAGCCAAAAGAACAGAAAGAGGCCAAUCCAGUUGUACUUCUCCAUGGUUUUGAUAGCACAUGUUUAGAGUGGAGGUACACGCUUCCAUUGCUUGAGGAGGUGGGGUUGGAGACCUGGGCAGUUGAUAUCCUUGGAUGGGGUUUCUCUGAUUUAGGAAGGCUUCCAUCGUGUGAUGUAGCUUCCAAGCGUGAUCAUCUUUACCAGCUGUGGUCUACCUACAUCAAGAGGCCAAUGGUACUUGUUGGACCGAGUCUUGGGUCUGCUGUUGCUAUUGACUUCUCUGUCCACUAUCCAGAAGCAGUGGAUAGGCUGGUUUUAAUCGAUGCAAGUGUUUAUGCGGAAGGUAUAGGAAAGCUCGCGACGUUACCCAAAGCAGUAGCUUAUGCUGGGGUCUACUUGUUGAAAAGCAUACCACUUCGAUUAUAUGCAAUAUCAUUGGCUUUCAAUGGCUUACCAUUAAGUACAUGUAUAGACUGGACUAAUAUAGGUCGGUUACAUUGUUUAUUACCUUGGUGGGAGGAUGCAACAGUGAAUUUCAUGAUCAGCGGAGGUUACAACGUCAUUGAUCAGAUAAAACAUGUCAAGCACAAAACACUAAUAAUAUGGGGUGAAGAUGAUCAAAUUAUUGACUACAAGCUUGGUGUGAGAUUGCAUUGUGAACUUCCAAAUGCGACCCUACGCCAAAUACCAAAGUGUGGCCACAUUCCUCAUGUGCAGAAGCCUGAUGUUGUCUCCAGGUUGAUCACGGAAUUUGUUCAGUCAGGUCAAUCACAAAGGGCGAAACCUGACUCUGUCUCCGCCAUCUCUGUUCCUGUGAUUACUAGUACUUGUACAAGCAGAUAUUUAGCAUAUUCAAUCUGUCUUCCUGAUUCAACAUAGUGAUGACGUUAGUUUGCCAGCUUCAAUGGUGAACUAUGAUUUCAUUCUUCAAGCAACGUCGACAAUAUUACCAACGUACCAAAGGUGCUUUGGCAUCCAGUGCAUAGUGUAAUAAACUGAACAUUUAUGCAAUCAGCAAAUACUUUAGAAUUCUGGGACAUAUUUCUUUCAGUUUUACUUUGAUACUCAGAGCUAGAGUUUAUGACCGGUGAAUCAUAGCUUGGAGCAGUGCAAGCCUUAAUGGGCUGAGUCACUCGAUAUUUUUGGUGAGAGGUAGCAGCUGGGGGAAUUGUCGAGGAGCACACAAGCUGGCCCAAGACCCACAGUUGUGAAAAAAAUAGCUUGGGGCAUUGUUGAACUUUUCUUGUGUAACAUAUCUUGAAUUAUCGUAGUUGAGGCAUAUUAUUAGAUGGAAAGUUAGUUGACUGAUAUAUGUUUCUACUAUUUGUAAUCUUGUUAAAAGAUUAAGCUUUUCUG